CAGCCCUCUCACUUUUUAGACUUUUGUCUUUCGCACUUGUAACCUAUAAAUUGGCAUGGUUGUGUAAUAGUAAAUAAACAACAACUAUAUUGACAGGAUUAACAGCCUGAGAAUUUGUUAUUCCUUGCAAAUCUUGUGAGCGAAAAUGCGAUACGGCCAAAUCGUUCUUGGUCCUGCAGGAAGUGGCAAGUCAACGUACUGUUCAUCAGUAGUUCGUCAUGCUGCUGAUGCUCGAAAAACUAUUGAAGUUGUAAAUUUGGAUCCAGCCGCUGAGUACUUUGACUAUGAGCCAAUGGCAGACAUUCGGGAACUUAUCCAUGUUGACGAUGCAAUGCAGGAUGAAGAUAUGCACUUUGGACCAAACGGUGGACUGGUUUUCUGCAUGGAGUAUCUGUUAGAAAAUGUUGAUUGGCUAGAAGAACAGCUGGGAGACUCUGACGAUGAUUACAUUUUGUUCGAUUGUCCUGGUCAAAUAGAAUUAUACACCCACAUGACAGUUAUUCGUCAGUUUGCGGAAGUCUUAUCUCAAAGACUGAAUUUCAGACUGUGUGCUGUGUUUAUGAUAGAUUCUCAAUUUCUGGUUGAUGGGCCUAAAUUUUUAUCAGGCACAAUGGCAGCUUUAUCAGUUAUGGUGAACUUGGAAUUACCGCAUUUGAAUGUUAUCACGAAGAUGGACUUGUUGUCCAAAGCUGCCAGAAAACAGCUUGAUAGCUAUUUAGAGCCGGAUCCUCAUGUUUUGUUGUCUGAGAUGUCAGAGUCCACUUCUAAGUGGAAUCAGAAACAUGCGAAACUCUCAGAUGCAAUUGGCAAGUUAAUAGAAGACUACAGUUUGGUACGAUUUUGUCCUUUGAAUAUUCGUGAUGAAGAAAGUUUAGCUGAUGUACUGUUAACCAUUGACAACAUGAUUCAAUAUGGUGAAGAUACUGAUGUAAAAACCCGUGACUUUGAAGAACAAGAUGAAGAAAAUGGAGAUGAUUAGUACUAACAUGUAUCUGUACUCUACUGUGAUAAAUUAUUAAUAAAUAACAUAGUUUUCAAGGAAGUGUAAUUAAA